AUGAACAACCACACACCAGUGAUAGAGUUCAUUCUUCUUGGAUUGACAGAUGAUGUCCAGCUUCAACCUAUCCUUUUUCUUUUUCUGCUACUAACUUAUGUCUUAAGUAUUAUGGGGAAUUUGACCAUCAUCAUUCUAACCUUGCUAGAUCUUAGACUUCAGAGCCCUAUGUAUUUUUUCCUCCGGAAUUUUUCCUUUUUGGAAAUUUCCUUUACCUCUGUGUUUGUUCCCAAAAUGCUUAUCAAUAUUGGAACAGGAGACAAGACUAUUUCCUUUGCUGGUUGCUUCAUUCAGUAUUUUUUUGCCAUCCUUUUGGGAGCCACUGAAUUUUACCUCCUAGCAUCCAUGUCCUAUGAUCGUUACGUUGCCAUUUGUAAACCUUUACAUUACACAUCUAUAAUGAGCAGAAGACUGUGCAUUCAACUUGUCCUCUGUUCUUGGUUUUCUGGGUUUUUAGUUGUCAUUGUGCCACAUAUAAUGACUCUCCAGCUGUCCUUCUGUGCAUCCAACAUCAUCAAUCAUUAUUGCUGUGACUAUACCGUAUUGCUGCAUUUGUCUUGUUCAGAUACACAUUUCAUAGAAAUGAUUGAAUUUAUCCUUGCUGGAGUGACAUUGAUUUUCACAUUAGUGUUAGUGAUUCUUUCCUAUACAUUUAUUAUCAGAACAAUUCUCAGAAUCCCUUCUGUUCAGCAAAGGAAAAAAGCUUUUUCUACUUGUUCUUCUCACAUGAUUGUAGUCUCACUUUCUUAUGGAAGUUGUAUCUUUAUGUAUAUUAAUCCUUCUGUUAAAGAUGCAGCCACUUUCAAUAAGGGUGUAGCAGUGCUGAAUACUUCAGUUGCCCCUCUCUUGAACCCAUUCAUCUAUACUCUAAGAAAUCAUCAAGUAAAAAUAACCUUCAAGGACAUGAUCAGUAAGAUUAAAACCUCAUUUUCAAGAAAAUGA